AUGGUUACCACACAUUCGAAGUUGACCGUGUCGACACUCAAGACACCUCUGUCUGCCACCUACCCAUCAGAACUCAGGUCGCCAAUGGUCCACUCUGCAACGACACCAAUCUUUGCCAACAUCAAGCGGGAAGACAUGGAUCUCAAAACGCCCAUUACCCCUCCAUCCGCGUAUCUAGAUUUCCUGAAGACUUUCUCGCCCAUUCUCAUGAGCCCUAUGUCUGCUAGCACCAAUUCGAAAUUUGUCUUCGAAGGAAAUCGACCAACAUCCGUAACAUCAUCAACAUCCAGUGCUUCCUUCACAUCGACGUGCGCUCCAGCUGAGAAAAGUUCGCCGAAAGAAUCGCCGGCGACUUCAAGAUCAAGCAGCUGUAGCCGAUGCGAACACUCGAAAGAAGAGCCACCAAUGUCUGCCCCUCCUACCAAGGUCCAAACGGUCACUAUCCCACCACCAUCACCAUUCACACGGCCACAGUCAGCGCGCACACCACGUCUCUACAUCCCCCCGUCGCCGUACUCGCCGGCAGUGCAAGUCCAGUCACCAGGCAGCGCAAAAGCUCUCAACUCACCCUUCUCCGCCGCAUCGCCAAAGACCUGGGAAGCGGAGCAGAAGACCGGUCGGGCGAGGAGUGUUAGCGUACGCAAAGUUGUCACUCGGACAGUGACAUAUAGUAGUACACCCGUUGACAAGAAGGCGCCACAUUUCCCGCAAAUCGACCCCGCACCACGUGGGAAGAGGAGAAAGAUCGAGUAA